GGCACUAGUCGUGAGUGUUGUCGAAAGGAUGAAGGUUCUGCUGUACGCGUUGGCUUUGGUUGCGGUGGUGGCGGCGUAUGAGGAGCCGACCAGGUUCUACCACAGCAACUAUGGCGUAGCCGAGGCCGCGCGCAUCAAGCAACUCGAACAAGCCUUGGACUUCGAUGGCAGCAGGAUAACUGGUGGUUCCAAUGCGAACGUCGGUGCUCAUCCUCAUUUGGGUGGUAUAGUGAUAUCACUGACGGAUGGUCGUCAAUCAAUUUGCGGAUCCUCACUGAUCACCAACACUCGCUCUACGACUGCUGCUCACUGCUGGCAUGACGGAAACAACCAGGCCCGUAGUUUUCAAGUUGUGUGGGGUUCCGACCGUUUGUUCACUGGCGGCACCCGUGUCAACACCAACCAUGUCAUUAUGCACCCUAACUGGAACUUCCGCAACCUCAACAACGAUGUAGCUGUAAUCGUUCACGACUUCGUCGGAUUCAACAAUAACAUCAACAGGAUCCAAAUGGCCAGUGGAAAUAAUGCUUUCACCGGAGAGUGGGCAACGGCCGCCGGUUUCGGUCGUACUAGUGAUCUUCCAUCAAUCACUAAUAACCAGAUCAAGAGGCACGUAAGCGUGCAAGUUAUCUCUAACGCAGCGUGCAGUAAUACUUUCGGCAGUAUUAUUGUCGGUUCGACCCUCUGCGUCGCCACCACUGGCGGCAACAGCCCUUGCCCAGGAGACUCUGGUGGCCCCCUUGCCGUCGGAUCCGGCAACAAUCGUCAACUCAUCGGUAUCGUGUCAUUCGGGGCUGCCGCUGGCUGUACCCGCGGCUUCCCCGCAGCCUUCGCUCGAGUCACCUCAUUCAACUCCUGGUUCUCACAGCAUAUGUAAAUUUUACGAUGCGUUCAAGACGUCAUUGGUUUAUGUAUCAUAAUGAUUGUUUUUAUAAAAUAUAAGCC